GUUGUAUUUUUGCUCUGUAAUCUCGCGGGAAUUCCGUGUGUCAUAACGGAAGUCUCGUCACACGGCUUCAGUUCAUUCAAGAGGAAGUUGUAGAUUAUUGGUCCUUUGGUGGUUUUGGUUUGUUUUAAGUGUCCUUCAACGCGUGUUUGUAGGUGAUGGUGUGAGCUCCCUGCUGCCAUGAGUACUCUGUUUGCCUGUGAGGACUCAGCCACAUGGAGGAGUGUGUAUGAGAAAUACUGGGAUGUAGUGGAGGCCAAGGCCAAGGGCAAGAAACCCGGAAAACUGCUGAACCUUGACAAGUGGUACCAAGAAGAGCUGCCCACACUCAUUUCAAGUCGACCUGACAAACGUAUCACUCUGUCGGAGCUGGUGAAACUGAUGGAGUGGAAGCUCACUAGGGGGAAGUUCAGGCCGAGGCUGCAGCAGCUGGUGGCUUCCAACAGUGAGGACACUGUGGAGAAAUGUUCCAGAAAGGCCUUCAGCCUCCUGCCUGAUGUGCAGGCAGCGAUUGCAGAGCUCAGCUCCCUAAAAGGAGUCGGCCCAGCCACCGCUUCAGCUGUGUUGGCGGCAGGAGCUCCAGAACAGACUGCAUUCAUGUCUGAUGAAGCCAUGGAGAGUGUACCAGGACUAAAGCCAAUCCAAUACACAGCCAAGCACUACGCUCUCUACCUGGGCAAAAUGGUUGAGAGGACUGAAAACCUAAACAAAGUGGAUCCCCAGCAGGACUGGACGCCCCACAGACUGGAGCUGUGUUUGUGGGCGAUGACCAUAGCCAAACAGCAGCAGCUCCCACUUCUAAAGGAUGUUGAUGUGAAGGCCAGCAGUGUGGUAGAGAAGUGCUCAGAUGCUGAUCAGAGACCAGCAAAGAAGCUCAAAACAAGAUAAAAAUGACAACUAUUGCACAGAAUUUUUUUUUUACAUUAAACUUGCUUUAAUGUUUGUCAUUUUUUUUGUAUUUUUUCCAAAUAAUAAAGUCUUUAUAUGAAAUAGA